AUGGAAUUGGCACCAAAAUUUGAUAAUUUAUUUGAAAUUUUUAUGAAUGAUAUCGACCAGGAAUGCAUCGUGGCUGAAGAAGCUUUACCUAUAAUACUUUCAAUUGCGUCAUCUUGUUUUAGUUUGAAAUAUUUGAUAAUCGCUGAACGAAUAAAUUCUUUGGGAUCAAUAACAGUAUCUACUUUGAAGCGAUCGAAGAGACCGGAAAACGAUUAA